AUGAAGUCUCAUCGGCAGCUGGCCACGGCCGCUCGGCACUUGCGCCGCCAUGCGCUCUCAUCGCCAUCAUCCUCGUCAACCUCGCGCGGCGCCCUCACCACCUGCCGUCUCUUCCAGACCUCCUCGCCCGUCCGCUCCGGCGGGUCAGCCUCCAACCCCGCCAUGGCAUUCCCCUGCCUCGACGCCAUGGAAACCCGCUCCGCCACCCUCCAAAACUCAUCCUCCAGCGCCGGGCCGGAGCCGUCCUACACGUCGGGCGUCACGCAGGUCUACCACUGCGACGACCCCCUGCGCCUCGACUGGGGCGGCGUGCUGCCCUCGUUCGACAUUGCCUACGAGACCUGGGGCGCCCUCAACGCCGACAAGUCCAACGCCAUCCUCCUGCACACGGGCCUCUCCGCGUCCUCGCACGCGCACUCCACCCCCGAGAACCCGUCGCCCGGCUGGUGGGAAAAGUUCAUCGGGCCCGGCGCGCCGCUCGACACGGACCGGUACCACGUCAUCUGCACAAACGUCAUCGGCGGCUGCUACGGCUCGACGGGCCCGUCGAGCGUCGACCCGGGCCACGGCGAGCGCUACGCGACGCACUUUCCCAUCCUCACCAUGGACGACAUGGUGCGCGCGCAGUUCCGCCUCCUCGACGGCCUCGGCAUCGACCGGCUCCACGCCAGCGUCGGCUCCAGCAUGGGCGGCAUGCAGUCGCUCGCCGCCGGCGUGCUGUUCCCGCAGCGCGUCGGCCGCAUCGCCUCAAUCAGCGGCUGCGCGCGCAGCCAUCCCUACAGCAUCGCCAUGCGCCACACCCAGCGCCAGGUGCUCAUGAUGGACCCCAACUGGAACCGCGGCUUCUACUACGGCCGCGUGCCCCCGCACGCCGGCAUGAAGCUUGCCCGCGAAAUCGCCACCGUCACCUACCGCUCCGGCCCCGAGUGGGAGCAGCGCUUCGGCCGCCGCCGCGCCGACCCGGCCAAGCCGCCCGCGCUGUGCCCCGACUUCCUCAUCGAGACGUACCUCGACCACGCCGGCGAGAAGUGGUGCCUCAACUACGACCCCAACUCGCUGCUGUACGUCAGCAAGGCCAUGGACCUGUUCGACCUCGGCCGCCAGAACCAGCUGGCCACGCAGCAGCGCCGCGCCGAGCGCCAGGCGUCUGGCCAGGAGGCCGCGGCCGGCGCGUGCAGCCUCACGCUGCCGGAGAAGCCGUACGAGGAGCAGCCCGGGUCGCACGUCGACAUGGACGAUCCCGCCCGCGCGCAGACGGGGUCGUCGCGGCCGCCCGAGGACCUGAUCCAAGGCCUGGCGCCGCUGAGGGCCACGCCCGCGCUCGUCAUGGGCGUGGCGAGUGACAUCCUGUUCCCGGCGUGGCAGCAGCGCGAGGUGGCCGAGUCGCUGCGCCUGGGCGGCAACCGCAACGUCACGCACGUGGAGCUGAGCGAGGAGAUGAGUCUGUUUGGCCACGACACGUUCUUGCUGGACCUGAAGCAUAUUGGCGGCAACUUGAAGAACUUUUUGGAUUAA